AUGAAUCUGAGCCAGAGCUGGAAUUCCUCCCAGGUCUGGGAGCUGAGACCCGAGAGUGUCAUCGUUCCCAUGGUCUUCUGUCUGAUCUUCUUGCUUGGCACGGUGGGGAACAGCCUGGUUCUGGCUGUCCUGCUUCGGAACGGCCAGAUGAACAGUAACACCACCAACCUCUUCAUCCUCAACCUGGGCGUGGCCGACCUCUGCUUUAUCCUCUGUUGUGUGCCCUUCCAGGCCACAAUCUACACCCUGGACUCUUGGGUCUUCGGCUCUUUCAUGUGCAAAGCUGUUCACUUUUUCAUUUACCUCACUAUGUAUGCCAGCAGCUUCACCUUGGCUGCAGUCUCAGUGGACAGGUAUCUGGCAAUACGCUACCCACUGCGAUCCCGGGAGCUGCGGACUCCCCGAAAUGCCCUUACAGCCAUCUGCAUCAUCUGGGGAAUCUCGCUUGUCUUUGCUGGCCCUUACCUAAGCUACUACCAAGUGAUCCACUACAGAGACAUGACACUCUGCUUCCCAGUCUGGGAUGAUUACAGACGCAAGAUUAUGGACCUUUCCACCUUCAUCUUUGGGUACAUCAUCCCGGUGUUGAUCCUGAGCCUUGCCUAUACCAGGACCAUCAGAUAUCUCUGGACUGCCGUGGACCCUAUCGAAGACAUGUCUGAGUCCAAGAAAGCCAAGCGCAAGGUCACUAAGAUGAUUAUCAUCGUGGCUGUCCUGUUCUGCUUCUGCUGGCUGCCCCAUCACCUGGUUAUCUUGUGUUUCUGGUUUGGCCACUUCCCACUCAACCAGGCCACCUAUGUCUUCAGACUCUUGUCGCACUGCAUGUCCUACGCCAACUCCUGCCUCAACCCCAUCGUCUACGCCUUAGUAUCCAAGCACUUCCGCAAAGGCUUCAAGAAAGUCUUCAACUGCCUGUUGCGGAAAACAGUCGUCAAUAAAGUGCACCUGGUCCAAGUGGCCCACACGGAGGCUGGCUCUACCGAGGCACUACACAUCAGUGAACACAACAAUCCAACAACCAGUCGGCAGUGGAACCAGCCAGAUCCUACAGGGCACAACAUGUCGCCACCAAGAACCUUCCUGGCCUUCAAUGUGACCUAA